UGGCUAAGCGGAACGUGAACGAGAGAACAAGUGGGAGAACGGGGAGAGAGAUAAAGUGCGUGGACAAUCGGGUCUGUAAAGAAGAAAAAAACACACGAGUUGUUGGAUUAAUGAUUCGAUUAUUCACUAAGCUAAGGACGGAUUUCUCUGACGGUUCGUAAAGCAUGUAUAACCGAAAGCUGCUAUGUGUGUUGUGAAUUAUAUCAAGGCUAUGAUUCGUUAUCAUGGUCUUGUUCUAUGAUCAAAGGAGUGGAAGUGACUAGAUUUAAAGAAAACGAGAAGAAAAAACAAAGAUCCAUGAUGAACACAUUAUGUGGUAUAAUGAUAACAUCAGCACUAUCAUGACGAUUAAAUACGGAAAUAUCAUAGAAGAGAAGGAUAUUUAUCAAUGAAGCGAAAAAGUGAUUCACAAACCAAAAUCCCAAAAAAAUUCGAAGCGGUUCGUUUCAGUGUGUGAAAGAAAUAGAAGAAAAACAUAUUACAUUGAGAACUUAGCGUAAUUAUCAUCUGCAUAAUAGUUCAUUCUAAACAUUUAAAUCACGUGUCACGUUUUCUACUGACUUCGUGCUUUUAUAUGAACAGGAAACAGAGCAGAGCAGAUGACAUUGCUGUGAUCGUAGCGCAUCGUAGGCUCAGAAGAUGAAACAAGAAGAAACAUUAGUCAAAGAAGCUGCAUCUACGCCAGCCAUCCAAGAGGAAGGGAAGGAGGAAGAGUUGAUAAAGAAGGAAGAGGAAGAGAAGGAAGUAAACGAGAUAAGGAAAGAAGAGAAUAAGCAAGAGGCAAACGCUCGGUCUCUGAGUGACGACGAAACUUCGGAUGGGCGGAGUCUGUACCGAGGGGGCGUGACCCGGCGUGGCCUCUUGCACCGUGAUGACCUCCCGCCAAAGGUCAUAGUCACCUCCAGCGUCAAUCGAGGUCAACUUUUGGACGACACUUAUGCCCAAGAUCGCAACCUCCCCCCGCCCCGCUUGAUCGAAUCGCCCGACAUGACUCAGCGGGAAUAUCGCGUUAACUACCCCGGGGCGAAACUACGAGUAGCGGCGCCUUUGCCUUCGCACUUGACGCAACAGCACAGCCUCCCCCCGGGAAGUUCGUCGCGACAGGAACCUCAAGCCAUCAACUUCGGUUCCUCAAGCUUAUCCAGAGGAGCCUUUCAUCACGCGAGGGAACCCGCCCACCUCGACUACCCCCCACCCCCGCACGCCAUUCCCCGCACACCCGUGACAUUUUACAGCCCCGCCCACGCUGCCGCACGCCCACCGCUUCGCCAGAGGCCUUACAUACGUCGCAAGAUCACGCCCAAACCACAGGCCGAAGACCCACAGCCGUUGGAACCUUUCCGCCCAUCCAAGCUCCUGCCGCCCAUCGGAGAGAGAGACUCCCCCGAGCGACGGCGAACUACCACGACCCCUCGACCUCGCCGGGGUCAGGUCAUGAAUGCGCCGAGGCCUCUGUCGCCGGGCCUCUCCACCCUGGGAGACGCCCUCUCACCGUUAGGCACGAUCAGCAAGUCGGGCGUGAGGCCAGAGAUCGGGCAUCGGGCGGGCUCAGCAGGUGGGCGGCGUCAGAAUACCCAGGGACCUACGUAUCGACGCCCGCAGAGCAACCAGUCCAGUCAGCCGGGCUACCAAACCGGCGACGAGGGAAGGUACACUUUCGUGGCCGGGCAGGUGUUCACUCCGCCCGCCCUCAUUAAAAGGCCAAACAUUAGAUCGACGGAGAAGACGAACUUGCGCAUCACCACGAUGAGGCCGCGGAAUGAGAUGCCUUUGGUGCCUUAUGAGGACAGCCGGUCAGCCUACGUGCCCAGAUACGUCAAGGAAGCCAUCGCGGAAAUGGAGUUCGAGCCCAAGACGGUGGACGCCCCUCUGCAGCCCCUGUCGACGUCGACCUUCGAGCGGCCCCACUGGUUCCUCAUGCCGGUCCAGGGGUGGUUCGUGCUGUCCAUCAUCCUCGCGGCCCUCGUCAUCGUCCUGGCGGUUCUCUCUGGGAUCCUCUACAAGAGCUUGAGGAAGCAGAAGAGGAAGGUGAAGAAACUCGUCAACCCCGGCUUGCUCGUAGGGCCUUGCGUCGACCCCCUGAAACACGAGCGGUGCCAGUGUCGGACCUUGGCACCCCUAGUUCGCUCCCAGACGCUGCUGUCACGGGCGUCUGUCAUGUCACGGGCGUCGAACCGGGAAAUGACGAUGAGACGGUCUCCCUCCAGACACCAGGGCAUCAUCAACUAUGACAACGCUGCGCAGCAAAUGACAACGGGCUUCCGGUCCUUGCCUAACCCCGCCCUGAUGGACCGCGACGUAGAGAAGGACAACAAUUUGGAUUCCAUUACGACUACGCACACACAGCUGGAAGUUGAGGACACGCCCCCUCCCCUGGCCCCGAAGAGGUCGUCCCUGACAGGCGCCAGCGGAGGGCAGGAGAGCCGACCAGGGGCAGGGGGCAGGGAGAGCAGGGCCGGAGGAAGGGAGAGCAGGGCGGGAGGGAGAGAGAGCAGACUGGGAGCUUACGAGAACAGGAUGGACAGCAGCGACAGCAAACU